GUUUUCCAUCCAGUUUUUAUGGCCGCCCAGCGAAGCCCAAAAAAGUGUCAAUUGAAUUAGCGUCUCGGGGUUUUAAAAAAAUAAAGAGCCAAAGAGAGAUUAUCAAGGCGCAACAGGUGAUUGGAUCGCAGAUUAAAAAUUUGCAGUGGUGCCUCUGUGUGAAAAGAAAGGGCACCUGUGGCUCCUCCUUCUGCCUGUAGGGGUCAACCUUAAGCAAUUCGCCUCAGCUUCCAGCUGAAUAGAGAACGUCGACAGCAGAAAAACAAAUACAUCAACGGAAAGGAAAAGAGAGGGCAAAAGUAACAGCAAAAGAGAGGCGGGAAAAACGGGAAAAGGAGCAACCGCAGGGCGGCGGGCAUGGCGUAUACGCAAUGCGCAGCAUGUGCUAUUACUAUCGCUGCUACUGCCACGGCCACCUCGAGUCAAUUAAGGAAUUCACACGCCAGCGGACACUGUAAUUGAAGCCCACACCUGUUCCGCCCUCCAUUAGCUUGAUAGUAGCCUUAAAUACUCGAUCGGGAAAGGGAAUCCCCACAUAUACCGCCCAAAAUGUCUGCCUAUCGCUAUUUUUCGAUCACCGAUUUCUCCUUCGAGGGACCCCUGCUCCCGUUGCACGCGGCCACCACGAGUAGGGAUGCCAAGGAUUCAGACAGUCCCAGCUCUGAGCUGAACAUCCCUUACACCGUCUUUGAAGUUCUGGUGGCCAUUGUCAGCAUCAUCGGCAAUGUCUUGGUGAUCAUCGUCUUCCGCCGAGAACGAAAGCUGCGACGCCGCACCAACUACUAUAUAGUAUCGCUGGCCAUGGCCGAUCUACUGGUGGGUAGCUUGGGUAUACCCUUCGCCAUCUUGGCCUCUAUAGGAUUACCGAGAAAUCUUCAUGCCUGCCUCUUCACCGUCUCCCUGCUUGUGGUACUAUGCACCAUCUCCAUAUUUUGCCUGGUGGCUGUCUCCGUGGAUCGAUACUGGGCCAUUCUAUACCCAAUGGCCUACUCACGGAAUGUCCGCACCCGCACAGCAAUUUUCAUCAUCUCGAUGUGCUGGGUGGCCGGAACGAUAGUGGGCUUCCUGCCCCUUUUUGGCUGGCACGCAGACGUCAACAACAACCAGGAGUGCCUCUUCGUUGAGGUCAUGGACUACAACUACCUCGUCUUCCUCUACUUUGCCACAAUUAUCACUCCGGCCCUGCUCAUGCUGGGCUUUUACACGCACAUCUAUCGCGUCAUCAUCAAACAGGUCCGUCAGAUCGUAACGAUGAACCCCGCCUCCGAUCUCAGUCGCCGAUCAUCGGCGGCAGUGGUGCAGGUGACGACACCCGGAAGAGGUGGACAUACGGGAACGAUGCUGCGGGUCCUGGGAGCUGCACGGAAGCGGGAUGUCAAAGCCACCCAAAACCUAUCCAUUAUCGUGCUGUUCUUCAUGAUCUGCUGGAUACCGCUGUACACGAUCAACUGCAUCAAAGCCUUCUGUCCCGACUGCUAUGUGCACCCCAAGCUCACGCUCUUUUGCAUUAUCCUUUCCCAUCUGAACUCGGCUGUUAACCCCGUCCUGUACGCCUAUCACCUAAAGGACUUUCGGGCUGCCUUGAAGAAUUUACUACUGAAGAUGAUGGGCGUGGACAUCGACCAGCAGGCGGAGGCCAUCCAUCGGUUCUCGGUGGCCAGUCAGCAUCGCCUUCAGUCCAUGGACUCCAAUAUGCGCUCCACGCAGCCGCGCCUCUAUGUGGGUGAGUAUUCACCCAUUUGGCUGAGGCAGCAGCAGGAGGCCUUGAAGAACUCCCAGCUUUUGCCCAAGUGCGGAGUGGUUUCUCCUUGUUUCAACAAUAUCAACCAAACUGUAGCUGCUGUGGCUUCGGUUACCACAGAAAUCGAGAGGGAAAUGUGGAAUAUAGUAGAGGCCUCCAGUGGCGCAGAGUUGGGUGAAACAAGCUACGAGUUUCCCUCACCGGCUCCGGCUUCUCAGAGAAGCAGCGAGCGGAACAGCAGCUCUACGGUUCCACCUGCUCCUCCUCCACCCGCAAAACCUUCACUUCCGUCCGCCUCGUAUGACAACCACAACUACAGUUUCAGCCAGGAUGAAGACGAGGAUGAUGAUGAGCUGGAGUUUGAGGAUGUUUUUGUGCCAGCCAGCUCAGUUCCCAAUCCACCACAGCCAGGCAUAGAUCCUGUGGAACUUCGUCGCUCUCUGGCCUUGGUCAUGAGGGAGAAGCUGCGAUCCGAUGACACGGACUCCAGGCCAAUGGGUAACAAUCAGGAACUUCCCAUAGAUGGGGAUCCCAGGGAUAGACCUCUGUCCAUACAGACCUCCCCAACCAAUGGGCCACUUCCAGCUCUUCUGAGGGCCAAGCUAUUCGCUGGCAACUCUAACAGCGCUCACUGCCUACCGGGAUCAACGGCAAGUCCUGCUCCCAAAGAGUCCGGUGUCUUUGUGAUUGAUAGUGAGGCGAGUCCAGGCUCAAACGGACACAAGCCCAAGUACCGUAAGGGGACGGCCAUGACCAGGAGUUCUCUUAAGAAGAGCAGGUCCUGCAACUGCAAUUCCAUUGCCAAGGGUCGAGGGGUUCACGAGGACCACGGCAGCAAUCUCAGCAGGGAUCAGGACUCCUCCCCGCACCAACAGCAGCCACUCAACCAUCCCACAGAGAACUUCUUCAGUCCGUUGAGGUCCGUGGGCAGUUUCAUGCAGCAUUCCAACCUGUUCCACUUCCUCCAGCCUCAUGCCGCCCGUCCCACCUCAUCGACGGCCUCGUCCUCGGCCUCCACGCCGACACCAUCACCACCUCCCAUGGUCCAGGUCCAGGAGGGAUCGGUUCCAGUGGGUCUAACCACUUCCUCGCCAUCUCUUCUGGCGGCCAGUGCAGAAAGUUGACCUUCCUUGGAGGAAGAGGAGCAGGGUCAGCAGGUUAGUCCACAGAAGGGGGAUCAGAAGGAUAUAGAAGGGGUGAAGGGCCACCCCUGAGGAAAUACUCGCAAGUCAAAGCUUUUAUGUUAAGUACUUCCCAGCUCUCUCUCUCUCUCUCUUUCGCUCUCUGACUAAGUCAAACGUUGUCAAAUUCUAUAUCGGAUCUAGAUCAAUUAAUUGGGUAGUAUCGAGACUAGGAGCUACGCGCAUUUAUUUUGAGUGUAUGGUCAAAUACGUUUCUAUGGACUAGUUAAUUAUGUACAUAUGUUUAAUGUUGUUAGAGUAUUUUAAUGUGUAUAUGUCUGCUUAUGUAUACCUGAACGUCUGUGAAAACCAAGCCAUGCGACAUGAAUUUCAAAGUUGAAGUUAAAUAAAGCGAUUAAAUAAGAAUUUA